AUGGCCCACCACGCCCAGCAGGGCAUAGACCCCUACCAAAACGACGCAGGCAUGUACGACGCCCCGGCCUCGCCCACCUCCUCUUCCUCUUCUUUCGAAGGCGACGUCAGCAUGAACGGGGAACACGCCAGAUUCUACUACGAACAGCAACAGCAGACCAUUCUCUACCAGCAACAUCACCUGCAGAAUGGACUCGAGCCUGGCGCUGCGAGACAGGCUGCAAAACAGGCGCGAAUGCAUAUGGACGACGACAGUGACGACGGGUUCAGUGACGAGGAGAGCGAUACGGAUAGUAUGCCGGAUGACAGUAUCGACUUUAGUCUGACCUACGCCCUGCAUACCUUUCUGGCUACAGUGGAGGGGCAAGCCUCAGUAAUCAAAGGCGACUCCCUUGUGUUACUGGACGACGCCAACUCUUACUGGUGGCUGGUCCGCGUCCUCAAGACUGAAGACGUCGGGUACAUUCCCGCUGAAAACAUUGAAACGCCCUACGAACGCUUGGCUAGGUUAAACAAGCACCGAAAUAUUGACCUUGCGGCUGCCACCAAGAAUGAAAAGCAGCUCGGGCAGGUGCAAUCCAGGGAGAAAUUGAAGGGGGCCAUAGCAGCCAAGAGAAGCAACGCGAGGCAGGGGUCAAACGAGGGGUCUGAAGAGAGCUCUGGCCGACGCGUCAUCUUUGCGCCCCCGACCUAUGUCGACCACCCCGGUGUUACGUGGAGCUCGGAUGAGGAGGAUACCGACCACGAGCCGGAAGAGGUCGAGAUGCAGGAGGAUGAGCAUCCUCAGGAGGGCCAUGACGCGAGACAUGCCCAAGAGGCAAUGGAUGUCGACGACAGCAUGGACGACAUGGAGCCCGAUGAUGGCGUCGAGUGGGCAGACGAGGCUGCUGAAAAGGAGCGUCAAAAAGUGCUGGAGCAGCGGCAAGCUGCCGUCACGCCGAAAUCCAACAAUCCCUUUGCGCCUCGGUCUAAUCUCCCCACGGAGACCGUAUCGAAUGGUCUGGACCAAAGCGGCUCCACCUCUUCUCUCAAUUCGUCCAGUGGUCCCAUCCUUGACCCUGCUUCGGCGUCCGAGACGAGGAGAAUCACAGCCACUCCGGCCGUAGCUGGCGGUCCCUUGCUCCCAUCCGCCCUCGUCAACGGUUCUCAAAACCGCAACGUCAGUGGCCAAUCGACAUCUUCAGUCUACUCUACCGUCUCUGCCACUUCCUCUGUUCGCAGCAGCACUCCCACCGGCAACAGUCCCGAAGAUGCCAAGAACAAGAUGAAAAAGCCCCGCAAGAGCUCGGGCGAUGACAAUGGGGAAAAGAAGAAGAAGGGCUUGCUUGGGGGACUGUUUUCGCGAAACAAGGCAGACAAGAAGGGCAAAGGAAUAUCAAGUGCGGACCAACGGAGCUCGGAAGACAGUGCUCUGGAAGACCGUGGGUCCGAGGAUGAUCCGUCUACCAGGGGCGCUCUCUCUGCUUCCGGCUCACACGAAUCGUCACCCCAGAAUGCCUCCGAUGUCUCGUCCCACAGCCUCAAACUUCAGCAAGCCGACCAGGCUCGCAUGCAGUCCUACACCAACAAGUAUCUCAAAUCCCACAACGACGAGUAUAGCGCUUCCAACGCCGAGGCUGCUGCUGCCGUUGCGCAGAGCGCCGCGGCGAUGCGUCUGUCGGCCAGUGUGAUGGGUACACCCAAUGGGCAGAACGCGAGACCGAGCAGUAUCAUUGUCUCGCCAAAUCCAGAUGGUCCACCAUUGCUCAAUGUCAUCCGAAUCUUUGCAGGAACACAGGUGGAUAGUGAAGCCUCGUUCAAGACGGCGCUCAUCAACGAGACGACCUCUGCUGGCGAUCUCAUCCGCCAAGCUAUCCAGAGGUUCCACUUGCAGACCCCUCAGCCGCAAGACCCUCUUGCCGGUUAUUAUGUCACGGUGAAGGACUUUGACGGAACAGAGCUUGAGCUAGGCCCGCAAGAUAAGCCAUUGGGCAAGUUCCAGGCUGCUGUGGCCAGGUGGAGCGAGUCGGAGAUUGACGAGCAUGGAAAGCUGCAAGAACGUUUGGGCACCAUCACACCGACAGUCAAGCGCGAUAGCUUGAGCAGUAUCUCCAGUAUGGCCAGUCUGUCCAACCACCCUGCCAUCAAAAAGCUUGGCAUGGAUUGGGAAGACGACUCGCAAGUCAAGCUGUAUCUCAACCGUCGAUUGCUUUUGGCCGAGCCAGAAGGGAUGCCGGAUCCCCAAAGUGGUUUUUCAAGCUACAGCACCGGUCUUUCCACCGUGCACGAAAGCCCCAAAUCCGACGAGGACAUGCUCACGCCGGGCCCCUCCUCGCCCGUCACGGCCAAGAACCCCAACCUCACCAUCUCUACCGGCGCCCACGCUGCACCAGAGAGGUACAUGUCUCCUUCCGCGCGCUUCACCCUCCAGCUUUUGCUCCACCCUGCCGACUUACCUCCUGGUAUCAUGUUUGAUCCUUCGUCCGAGUCGCUUGUUGCCAGACCAAGACUGCAACAGGGUGUGGAAGAAGGCGAAGCGAGAAAGAGACUAUUCACGUUGCCGAGGAAUGCCAAUGUGGUGGAUGUCAUCGAACAGGGUCUUGAGAGGUUUGGAGUGCAGGAAGGUGUGGUGGAUGGAGGCGACGAAGUGGAGGACAAGGUGGGGAAGAGAAGAAGCAUGACGAGGGUGAGAUAUAGCUUGGGUGUCAUUGUGAACGGUCAAGGUCAACCAGAACGUCAAUUGUCGUCUUCGUCCAAGAUUCUCGAAUCCUACCCCUCGGCGCCAAUCCUCAAGCCGAUGGAGAAAAGCACGCCCGAAUCAAGAAGACGCUCGCGGGAUCUCAGCUACAAUGUUGGUUCGACUGGCGACAUUCGUGAGAGCGACCCUGUCUUUGUCUUGCGCAAAGUCGGUGCCCGAGGGCUGGCAGGGGCCAAGAUGGAUGGGAUCAAGCAAACGCCUACUAGUCCUAUAGUAUCUCCAACGACUUCGGACCCUCGAUCCCCGCAAGAGAUCAUCGCUGCCCAACGCGCUGCUUCGCGCUCGCAUCAGAUGUCGGUCCUGUCAUCGACAAAUAAGGGGCAAGGUGUAGAUGUUCGACUUCCAGAGACUCAGGGUACAUUCCGCUCUACCAAACAAGUCGGUCAGGACGGCGGCGCCGUCAUGCGCUACAGCUUCAUUGACGAGGCCGGAGAAACGUAUGACAUAUCCGAGCUGUUGGAGGCUGAGGUGGGCAAAGACGGCAAGUCCAAGGUCGACGAGGUCGGAGACGACUUUAAGACUGGCUCUGUUGACGUCCCACCCGAGCUUCAAAGGCAGGGCACCGAUAUGUCUGUUUCCGAUUACCAUACUGCCCCCAGCACUCCUGAAUCAGGCAUGAGAACUCUGUCGGGCGACUCUAUCGAGAUCAUUGACGAGCCCCGUCCGAGGUCGCGAUCCGCACAAGAUCGAGACAUUCUGCAGCGCGCUGUACAGAGAGCCAGCCAAGAUGGCGAAGCGGCGGGGUUGCACGAGGCGUUGCAGAGGGUGGCAGAUAAGGCUAGGGAGGGGUCAACGAAAGGGAGUACGGGACCAGAAGAAGUCGCGAGGGAGCGCAAUGCGACGCCAAAUGGGAGGAUCACUCCAGAACAGGACUCGAGCGAGGAUCUCCAUGCUACACCGCGUGCUUCUAACGCUUAUCAGUACUCUGAACAUGAUCAUUCUCAGGAUCACUCUACGCGGACAAGUUCGCGUCAGGCGACUCGCGAGACUGCUGCCAGCGUCAACCGCAUCAUCUCGCGCCACCGCCAGCAGCCGUCUAUCGCGUCCAUCAUGUCUGACUUUGAUGGCGACAAGUCUGGUUCAUCGCUCUCCCGGGACCUCCGGGAUCGCUCUAUCGACCCCCCGAGUAGUGUUAGUGAAGGGGACGAGAACGAUCGGUUGACAGAGCCCGAUGGGUCCUACAAUUCCUCAUCGACAGGUUACGAGGCCAAUUUCAACGACCGGAGCUCGACUCCUGCGACUGCCUCUUCCUCCACACACACCACUCCGCCCUUUAACGGAAAUGGCGGCAUGUUUACCUACACCAGGGCUGUCAAUGUCGUUUCGCCCACUCCCCGAGCUCCAGUGAGGUACAGGGAUGACUUUGGAAUGAAGGAUAUGAUGGCGGUGAUUAGGGUGCGAGCGCGAGAAUAUCGCUCCGCGACCAAGCCCAAGGCAAACUCCCGAAAGAACGUGAGAGGUAGUGUCAUCAGCGACGUCGAUUCUACGCGCUCUUUAACGCAUGCGGUGCCGGGGACCGAAGUGGAUAGGCAGCUGAUUGGAGAAAAGAUUGAUUGGGAAGAGGUGCACCCAGAGAUCCGGGACUGUUUGCACGGAGUCCAGGAGAGGCUGGACAGCUUUGACAGAGAAGUGGAUGAUUUGCUGGCCACUGUAGGAGCUUUGGGUAUUUGA